UUGAGCAACCGGUUCAGCAGUCUGUGAGAUUGACCGCAGGAGGCUAGGAUUCCAGGGCUCCUGGGUCUGGCUAGAGCCAGCAGGUGCAGACGGCACGGAGUUUCGGCAGGCGGCCAACUUGAAAGGAAGUUUCUUUCAAACAUGGAAAGUCUUCAGAACAGCGUGAAAAAGAAAGCGACUGAAAGGCAUUACAAGGCUGAAGUACUAAUUACAGGCGAGCAAUUAAGGCUUCGACUGCAUGAUGGAAAAUUAAUCAAAGAUCGUCGCUAUAAUCUACGAACCUAUCCAAACUGCUUUGUUGCUAAAGAGCUAAUUGAUUGGUUGAUAGACCAUAAAGAAGCACCUGACAGGGAAACAGCCAUAAAACUAAUGCAAAAGUUAAUGGAUCAUAACAUCAUUCAUCAUGUUUGUGAUGGACAUUCAGAUUUCAAGGAUGCAAAACUUCUGUACAGGUUCCGAAAAGAUGAUGGAACAUUUCCAUUAAGUAAGGAAGUGAAGGUGUUCAUGAGGGGUCAAAGUCUAUACGAGAAGCUUAUAAGUUCUGAAGAUGCAAUUAUGAAAUUGCAAGAAGAAAAUGGAUUGAAGUACCAGCGUGCAGUGUUGGGCUGUGAAAUCAUUGACUGGCUAAUAAAAGAAGGGGAAGCUUCAUCGAGGAAGGAAGCUGUAGAAUUGUGCCGCAGAGAGCUUGAACAUGGAAUUAUUCAACAUGUCUCCAAUCGUCACCAUUUCUUUGAUAGCAACUUACUAUAUCAGUUCCGUUUAAACUUUCGCCGGAGGCGGCGACUCACUGAGCUGUUGAGUGAAGAUUCGGGGACACCACAGGAAUCCCAUGAUAGUCCAUUCUGUCUGCGAAAGCUGAAUCCUGAACAAGAUGGCUCCAGUUUUCUAUCAGUGCAAACCAACAAAGAGAUAAAGGUGGUUUCAGCUGUGCGCCGCAGCAGCAUUACCUCUGCUGUCACAGGAAGUACAACCUUUUACAAUACAGCUCCCAGUCUUGCCUGCUUGCCUUCAGUGGAAUGUAACCCUAAAUCAGUGUUGAAGAGACCAGUAACUAAUGAAGAACUUCUAUCACCUGGAGCACCUUACUUAAAGAAAACAUUAACAAUUGUUGGUGAUGCUGUGGGUUGGGGUUUUGUGGUGCGAGGAUUAAGUCCAUGUUACAUCCAGGCAGUAGAUCCAGGUGGUCCAGCAGCAGCAGCUGGAAUAAAGGUCAGACAGUUUGUUGUCUCUGUGAACAGCAGGCAUGUUAUGAAUUUGGACUACAAAACAGUCAGCAACAUUAUCAUGACUGGACCCCGCACUCUGGUGAUGGAAGUUAUGGAAGCAAUUGAAUGAGGAGAUAUGUUCAAUUGAGCAAUAAGCUGGUUGAUUUUCACAACUAUUCUCAGAAAGCAAAUGCCUUCAAAUACUUUAAGCUAGAAAUCAUUAUUCAUGAAAAUGUAGGUACAGUGUCUCAAAUCUGGUAUGCAAAAAAUCAUAUCAAAUCAAAUGGAAUUUUGAAAAAAGUCAGAUAUUUUCCCUUGGUCGCAGCCCCUGAAAUAGAGUAAGCAUGUGAAAUAAAGAGGACAUUUUGGGCUGAUCCCAGAGGACAGAGUCAGCAAGCAUUGUGCACACAUAAAACCCAAAUCCAUUGUAGCACUGUAAGAUGUGUCUAUCCUUGGUCCUCCCUAUCCUCUGGACACAAAACAAUUUGUUCCACUGCUGAGGACAUUCUGAUUACAAUAUUCUCAGCUGUUUUCAGGGGAGCGACAUUAGCUGUUUUAUUGACGCCAGUGUGAAGGAAGGAGUUAGUUGGUGAUCCAAAAUCCAUACCAUAUUUGAGACAAUGUACCUGGAGUAGACAAAGACUUCACAUGAUAUUUCUCAUUUGUUCUGUCGUAUGAUUGUGUGAAGUAUU